AGGUUAUUAAGGAAAGCAGGCGUCUUGCAGGACGGUUAUAGAGGUCCUUAAGCAGAACAGCAAUGGCGGCCCUCUACAGCAAGCACAGGCUCAAACAUCUGAAACAUCUCUGCAGGUUUGGCUUUCAGACCCCGAGGAGAAACCUCACAGGUCAAGGAAAAUAUGAUUAUGAUUUAGUGGUUAUUGGAGGUGGUUCUGGAGGACUGGCAUGUUCAAAAGAAGCAGCCCAACUGGGACAAAAAGUGGCUGUCCUGGACUACGUGGAACCUUCUGUGAGAGGCACAAAAUGGGGCCUCGGAGGCACGUGUGUGAACGUUGGCUGCAUUCCCAAGAAGCUUAUGCACCAGGCUGCUCUGCUUGGUACCGCAGUGAAGGACGCUAAGAAGUAUGGCUGGCAAAUCGCUGAGCCUGUUUCACAUGACUGGGCGACUAUGUCUCAGGCUGUACAGAACCAUGUCAGGUCACUGAACUGGGGCCAUAGGGUCCAGCUGCAGGACAGGAAAGUGAAGUAUCUGAAUAUGAAAGGCAGUCUGGUGGACGAGCACACUAUCAGAGGCAUGAAUGCCAAAGGAAAGGAGAUGACUGUGACAGCCCGGAACGUUGUGAUAGCCACUGGUGGACGACCGAAGUACCCCACGCAUGUUCCAGGAGCUCUGGAGUUCGGCAUCAGCAGCGAUGAUCUCUUCUGGCUCAAAGAGUCUCCAGGAAAAACGCUAGUGGUUGGAGCCAGCUAUGUGGGUUUGGAGUGUGCUGGGUUUCUCACAGGCAUCGGACUGGACGCCACUGUGAUGGUGCGCAGCAUCGCCCUCCGGGGGUUCGACCAGCAAAUGUCCCGGCUGGUGACGGACUACAUGGAGGCGUACGGGACGCGUUUCUCCUGGGACGCCGUGCCUAAGAAGGUGGAGAAGCUUCCGUCGGGGCUUCUGCAGGUCACCUGGACCGACACGCAGAGCAAGCAGGAACAUCAGGACACGUUCAGCACGGUGCUGUGGGCUGUAGGCAGAGCCCCUGAAACCAAAACUCUGAACCUGAAGCAGGUGGGUGUGGAGCUGAAUGAAGAUACAGGGAAAGUCAUAGUGGCUGCUGAUGAACAGACUUCCGUGCCAAAUAUCUUCGCCAUCGGCGACAUCGCGCAGGGUCGACCUGAGCUGACCCCCACUGCCAUUAAGGCAGGUAAACUACUGGCCCGGAGGCUGGCGGGUCACUCCAGCCAGCUGAUGAACUAUGACAAUGUGCCCACUACAGUAUUCACUCCUCUGGAAUAUGGCUGCGUGGGUCUGUCAGAAGAAGAAGCAGAAAGAAGAUACGGCAAAGACAAUAUAGAGGUCUAUCAUGCCUUCUACAAGCCUCUGGAGUUCACUGUAGCUGAGAGAGAUGCCAGUCAGUGCUACAUUAAGGUGGUUUGUGAGCGGGAUGGUGAUCAGAGAGUUUUAGGUCUCCACUUUACUGGUCCUAACGCAGGAGAAGUGACUCAGGGUUUCGCCCUCGGCCUCCAGUGUGGCUUCACCUACACUCAGCUGCGGGACACAGUUGGAAUCCACCCCACCUGCGCCGAGGAGCUGACCAAAAUCAGCAUCACCAAGCGCUCCGGUCUGGAUGCCACGGUUACCGGCUGCUGAGGUUAAGCACCCCCUCCCUAAAAACACUGAACACAUGGACCCUUUAGACUGAGGCGCUGACGGCUUCGUUUGGCCUUAGUGCUUAGUUAAAGAGAACCGUUUAUGGUGCUUUCUGUUCUUUGUCUAAGUUUUGGGACAAGGCCAUUGUGUCUAAGACUCCUCACCCUCCAGCCUGUCACUCUAUAAUGACCUCUGACAGUUCAUUUGGUGCCUGUCUGGCACCCAAAGUAGACGUGUACAUAAUAGUCAGUCUUGGUUUAUUACCAAGUCUUUAAAUGUGGAGAAAAAUUCUGACAGAAUUCAGGCUUUAACCUGGCUGCUACCAUUUUUUUAAACUAUUUAAGACUUUUGUCCAUGUUUAUAGAAAACAGAGUGUCAUUUAGUGUCAGAAACCACAUAAGCAUGUCUAUUAGAGAUCGCUGAUCAAUUUAAGGUGAGUGUAUGACGAUUUAGGCAUGUUUAGCACAGUGCUAAAUAGUGUAUAUGUGCGUCCAUUGGUGAUGCGCUGAAAUGAACCAAAAUUCAGAACACAAUCAGCCAAAAACUGGAAAGCUGACAACAAACAAAACCAGUUUACAGGUAAUGAAAUAAAGCGUCCUCAAAAACUGAGAACAUUUGGCCAUUCAAGGCACUGAAUUCCAUUAUUUUUAGCUAUAUUUUGCACUUUCGUCUCUGUAAGUUAAACAACUGAGGCUGCAGAUGCUCAGUAAUCAGUAUUUAUUAUUUUCAUACUAUUUGUAAUUCAUUUGUAAACUUAGAUUUGUAGCCAUAUUUAAUCUUUUAUUUUAAUCAUUUCUUUCGGUCAAAUUUUUCUGGAAAUAGCCAUCCCAAAUUCCGGCCAAAAUUUGAGUACAUUUCAGUGCACCGGUGCUUCUGGUCCUGGCUAGCUGUUAGCCUCAUAGCAUCGCAGAAUUACAGAACCAAACUUCAGCCAUCACACUUGUCUGAUCAACUACAUUUGGAAUAAGAGGGGAAAUUUUAGUGCAUUAACACGUUUUUAUCCACAUUACUGCCUUACGUUUAUGUUCAUUAGCUCUCACAGUUAGUGCUAAUGAGUCGCUUUGAUCCCCAAUCUCUGUUUGUUGCUCAGCAUGGGUUCGUCAUUUAUAACCCAGCGAUCCAGAUAAUCCGAUAAGGCCCUGGCGCUUGAGCCGAAGAGGUAAAACCGGGGGUCCCCUGGCAGAGCAACAGCGAAAGGGCUAAACAGGGUCAUAAAUCAGGAUUAAGGCCCCAUUACGGUUUGUUGAAACGAGAGUCGCAGGAGAAAGCGGCCUAAUGUUUCUGAAAUAUAUUCUGCAAAUAUUGUUGUUUCUCCGGCUGUACUUCCUGUCCAUUACUCAUGUGCCGCCGCUGACACUGAUGGAUGGGAUCGGCCCGUCGUCACGGUGACAACACCCCGUUUCCCAGGGAGGCAGACAAACACUCGGUGAGGAGCCUGUCAGUCACACACGAAGCCUGGUGCUGGGGCGAGAGAACGCUUGUUUAAACCUGGGCUUCAGCGGUUCCCCCUAGAGCGCAGAGAGAACUCAGAGAAAACACAUACACAUUCUCUCUCUGUCUCUGGGCCAGCAGACUCCGGCAACUUGAUCAGUGGAGAUAAAACAAGUCUGUUUUUAUAAAUACCUCCCUCAGCCUGAAGGUGGCAGUAUUGGCCUCCUUUUUCCUCGCUUUUCUACUCUGAGGUCAUUUGGGAAGUUGUUGGAUGCAUCUAAGCAGUCGGCAUGAAUUCAAAUCACAGUUCUGAAGAUGAAUUGAUUCCUGGCUUGGCGGCUGGUGUUUUUAUGGAAUGGUUUUCAUUCCGGUAGAUAAGCUUAUCACUUAUGGAUAACAGCUCCAGCCUCGGUGGGGGGGAUGCCACCUUCACUGAGGCAGCUGUUGCUCAACUACAGCUGUUUCCAUCAACAAGAGCAAGCUACAUUAUGGAGCUUAUAAUGCCAUCGUCUUGAAGGAAUAGUUUGGGGAAAAAUCUGCUUUCCUCAAUAUUCCUCCUUAUGCGAAAUGUAGUUGAUCAGCCAAGACAUGUUUGAUGUCUGAAUUUAUUUCAUGCUUUAAGUUGACUUCUACUACGAUUUUUAGUAAUGUAACAUACUUUGUUUUUAUCGAUAGAUCAUACUGUCAGAAACCACAUAAGCAGGUCUGUUCAGAGUUUGCUGCUUUAGUUUUGCAAAAGUGUGAACAUGAUUUGUUGA